AUGUCAAAACGCGCUUGUAAACGAGUCGACGAUCUGAUUGGCGAAAGGGAUCUCAUAUGGCUUCAUUUAAAACAAGAACUCGAAAACUAUGAGUACUGGAAAGACACGCCUUAUACCAAUUGGGAUAUCACACACUAUGACAGAAGCCUAUCAAACAAGUUGUUGAUCAACAAACGGGAUUGCCACAGACAUCUGAAAAGCGAUCUGGAUCUACUUCGUUCUGCAUUCGUUCACCAUGGCGAGAUAACAAAGAUGGUUGACCGGCUGAAGAAGGCUUUGGCGCAUAUAAGAAAAGACGAGCUGAAUGAGUACUUUUGGGAGCAUACUGCGAAGACCCUACAGAAAAAUCACCUUCAGCGACAGGAGCGAGAGGUCGUCAUGGAUACAGCUGUUCUUGGUAUAAAGAGCUCUUUAUUGGAACAACAUGCCCAGCAUUUAGCAGCAGCAUCUUCCUGCAAACGGCCUUGUGAUGCAUCACCCUCAUCUUCAGCACCUCCACCCAAAAAGACUUUAUGCUCAUCUCCAACAACAUUAUCAUCUCCAGGAGCACCUUCAUCCGCAGCAAUGUUGUCAUCUCUAGGAGCAUCUUCAUCCACAGCAACAUCGUCAUCCCCAACAGUAUCUUCAUCCGCAGCAACAACACCAUCAUCGUCAUCAUCCAUAACACCAUUAUCGUCAUCAUCCACAGCACCAUCAUCAUCGUCAUCAUCCACAGCACCAUCAUCAUCGUCAUCAUCCACAGCACCAUCAUCAUCGUCAUCAUCCACAGCACCAUCAUCAUCGUCAUCAUCUACAGCAACGUCAAAUACCCAGCCUGCUAUCAAUCUACUGGAGUCAGAUAGUAUCAUUUGUGACUCGGCCAUGCUUUCCAUCGCCACCGUUAUCAAAAGAAAAGCCCUUGUGAUACAUGAUCGAUAUCUGGGUGGUACAUUGCUCUCGUCCAGGCAGCGCAAAAUGAUGUCAAAUGGACUAUCAUCUAUCCUGGAUUUAGUGGAUCAGUCUUUGAGCUCGCAACGAUCAUUAUUCACUGUUGCAGAAUGGAAAAAUAUCAACACAUUGUAUCAAAACAAGUAUUCCAUUCCUCCAGCAUCACCACUACACCGAUCUUUACAAGAGACAUGGAUGAUAAUCGACAGCUCUGUGAAUAACUCGGGAAACAUCAAGCUGGGCCUUCUUUAUCUUUACAAGAUUUUCCCAAAGUACCACUCCUCCAAGCUUAUGCCAUCUCUUCGUGUUUUUGAACACAUUCUCAAUUUACUUGAUCAAGAACCCCAUUUGCUUCAAGAACAACCGAGUGUAUCAGUAUCAGAGGCUGACUAUAUUUCUUUCGUUUGGCUGCCCUUGUUUCGCCAUUUGUUUCAUUCUGGUUGCAACAUACGAAUCAAGACAGGUGAAACGGCAUUCCCUUUUUCGACACAUUGCAAACAAGAGCUUUAUCCUGGUGCGACCAAUAUGGUUGGAUUCAAAGUGGAUGUGCGCUUCGUUGUGGAUCUGGAGAAGAAUGAGCACGACAUUUGUUCAGUGGAAGCAUGCUGCAACGGUGACAAGGAUUCGAAAGUUGUGUCGGACGAAGGCAAGCUUAACCGUGAGAUGAAGGAUAACCUGGAUAACAUGAUCGCUAUGGUGGAAACGACAUCUCCCAAGCAAGAAUGCCAAUAUACAACAUGGGGCGUCCAGAUCAUUGGUCCAUCUUGCGUGAUUUCAUCCAUCCAUCUUUCAGACAGUGGAUUGUAUAUUGUUCUCCCUCGCUUUGACAUCACUUUGCCUCGAUCAAUUUGUGACCUCAAGCAUUUUGAAACCACCAUGAUUCAACUCCUCACAUUCCAGCAACAACUCCAAAAGUCGGCGGAUAGUAUUUUGAGUCAUCAUCAAGCUAGUAAGCAUCUUCGGUCCCUUAAUCAUAAUACGUCCAACAACGAGCGAACCCACAUCCAUCGACAACGUGACACAUGGUACACACCACCCGAGAAGACGUCAUCCAGGAUCCCAUUGAAUUUAACCAGCCUUUCACGACCAAGAUCUCUGACUGAAAAACUAUUGACUGUUGCUUGUGAGGAGUCCAUAUCUGCAUUGAUGCAACCAGCUGCUGCCCAAUCUGAAGAUGAUCUUGAUGCUGACGAAUUUGGAUGGAAAUAUGAUGGUGAAAUGUGGCAUAAUCGCAUAACAGGUGCAACAAGAACAAGCGACCCAUAUCAUGAAAGCGAAUAG